UUUCUAGUUAUUCUCCAGUUAUUUCCAGUUAUUCUCCAGUUAUUUACAGUUAUUCUCUAGUUAUUCUCCAGUUAUUUACAGUUAUUUCUAGUUAUUCUCCAGUUUUUUCCAGUUAUUCUCUAUUUUUUUCCAGUUAUUUCCAGUUAUUCACCAUGGUAGCUCGCUGCUGCGUGCUGGGCUGCAGCUGAUCUCUCUCCUAGUUUAGUUUUGUGGUAGUAUUUAUUAGUUAUUAGUAGUUAUUAGUAGUUAUUGACCAUGGUAGCUCGCUGCUGCGUGCUGGGCUGCAGCUGAUCUCUCUCCUAGUUUAGUUUUGUGGUAAUAGUUAGUAGUUAUUAGUAGUUAUUAGUAGUUAUUGAUCAUGGUAGCUCGUUGCUGCGUUGCGGGCUGCAGCAGCUCCUCUCACAACCGCCGCGGGGAGAAGAACGAUAGCGGGCUAACUUUCCACCGGUUUCCCAGCUGGAAACAAACACACGGAGAGCAGAUCUCUGAGAUCAGCAGGAACCGGAGAAUGGCCUGGAUACGAGCCGUGAGGAGGAAAAACAUCAGCUUUAACAGCAUCAGCAUGUACAUGAGGGUCUGCAGUCUGCACUUCCAUCACGGGAAACCCGCGGGGGAGAUGUACACGUCCCACCCGGACUGGGCUCCGUCUCUGAACCUGGGACACUCGGAGGUGAAGGAGAGCCAGACGGACCGAUACGAGAGGCUGCAGAGGAGGAAACGCAGGAGGACGGAGAGUCCCGCGGUGAUGAAUAAGAGUCCGGCCUUGGCGGUGGCUGAGAGUCUGGCGGUGAUGAAUGAGAGUCUGGCGGUGAUGAAUGAGAGUCCGGCGGUGAUGAAUGAGAGUCUGGCGGUGAUGAAUGAGAGUCCUGUGGUGGAGGAGAGGAAAGAUGAGCUGGAGGACUGUAAAGAGGAGAUAGUGGAGAUCACCGUGGAUGACCUGAUUCCACCAGUGGAGACUCCAGAACCAUCGGAGGACGGAUCUGAGGUGACACUGGCGGCUGAGUGCGACUUCUGUCCCCGUCGGCAGGAGGAAAUCAACCGUCUGCUGGAGGAGAACCGGAAACUGAAACGAGGGCAGGACGAGAUGAAACGAGGGCGGGAUGAGAUGAAACGUCUGCUGGAGGAGAACAGGAAACUGAAACGAGGGCAGGAGGAGAUGGAACGAGGACAGGAGGAGAUGAAACGAGGACAGGAGGAACUGAAACAAGGGCGGGAGGAACUGAAACGAGGGCGGGAUGAGAUCAACCGUCUGCUGGAGGAGAACAGGAACCUGAAACGGGAGCUCAGUCUGAGGAAGAUGGACGAGCAUUUCCUUACGGACGACGUGGUGAAGGUGAACUACUACACGGGCCUCCCCCACCUGGACGCGGUGAUGGGCGUGCUGGGCGUCGUCGGGCCGGCCCUGACCCCGUACUGUAAAGUCCUGUCCCCGUUCCAGAUGCUCCUGCUGACGCUGAUGCGUCUCCGGCUGAAUCUACCGAUCAAACACGUGGGCUACAUGUUCGGCGUGAGCAGGAGCACGGCGGGCAGAGCGUUCACCGCCACCGUGGACGUGCUGCAUGCUCGGGUCGGCCCGCUGGUCCGCUGGCCGGACCGCGGCGCGCUGCAGGCGGCGAUGCCGCAGCGGUUCGUGCAGGCCGUCGGGAGGAGGGUCGUCCUCAUCGUGGACUGUUUUGAGAUCUCCACGCAGAAACCGACCAACAGUAACGCUCCGGCUCACACCGCGGUGGUGAAGUUCCUGAUCGGGAUCACUCCGCUCGGAUCCAUCGCCUUCAUCUCCCGGGGCUGGGCGGGCGACGUGAGCGACAGACACAUCACCGACCACUGCGGGAUUCUGGACAAGCUGCUGCCGGGGGAUCUGGUGAUGGCUGGACGAGGGUUCGACCUCGGGGACGGGGCGGGACUGAUGCGUGCCGUGCUCAAGACCCCGGAUUCUGUAGAGACCCCCGAUUCUGGAGAAAAAACCUCUGUUUCUGGAGUAAAAACCUCUGCUAACGAGGUCAAGACCCCGGAUUCUGUAGAGACCCCGGAUUCUGGGGUAACGGCCCCCGUUUCCGAGACAACGGCCCCCGUUUCCGGGGCAACGGCCCCCGUUUCCGAGGCAAGGACCAACGUUUCCGAGGCAACGGCCCCCGUUUCCGGGAUAACGGCCCCUGUUUCUGAUGCAACGGCCAACGUUUUCCUGACAUCGGCCCCCGUUUCCGGGAUAACGGCCCCCGUUUCCGGGAUAACGGCCAACGUUUUCCUGACAUCGGCCCCCGUUUCCGGGGCAACGCCCCCUCCCUCCACCAGAGGGCGCUGCCAGCUGGAAGCUGCAGACCCGAAGAGCUCCAGGAAAGUCGUCAAGCUCCGAUCUGACGUUUUCAGGGUGAUCGGAACCAUCCGUAACAAGUACACCAUGUUGUACUCUAAAUUCCCGAUGCACAUGCGGGACGGGGACGGGGACGGGGACACGUCCUUCCUGGACCGGAUGGUGUCGGUGUGCUGCGCUCUCACCAACAUGAGCCCCAGCGUUAUUAAUGUGUCUGAAACACAGCCAUCGCUACAAUCUUCACCAUAA